GUCUUAGUGGAAGAUUUGAAUAAUGAUGGAAAGCUGGAGAUAGUCGUAACUGACAGCAGUGUGAAUGUGAUGUGCUUGGAUAGUAAUGGCGAUUUGUUGUGGGAUGCCUCAUUGCCUGGAGUGUCAACAGCUGGGUCAAGGGUUGCAGACAUUAAUGACGACCAAAUACUAGAUGUUGUCAUAGCAACAAACAUUGGAUAUGUUGUUGCUUUCAGAGGAGACACUGGAGAAGUUUUGCCAAACUGGCCCAAGACACUUGGAAAUAAAGUUCUCAGCAAUGUUUUAAUAUCAAGAAUUAAAAAUAAGGAGGGUCCUCUGGACAUUUUAGUACCUACGUAUGAUGGCAGUCUACAUGUCAUAUCAGGUGAUGGUAGAUGUUCUGAUGUUGUUUGGCUUGGUGAACAAUCAUUAGUGCAGUUAUUGGCCGCUGAUUUACACAAAGAAACGCCAGCAUUAGAGUUGUUAGUUUCCACAAUGGACGGCACAUUGAUGUGUCUACAUACAUCAACCAAUAAAUCAAUGACUGAUCUUGCAACUGUUACUAGUACGCUUCAUGAAUGGACGGCUGAAACAAACACACAUAAUAGCUUUACAUUCUGGGAUUCAAAGGUAGGUGUUGAAAUAUCUGAGUCUACCAGGCAGUUGGUCCAUGUCACCGGUAUGUCAUUUGUUAUUGAGUUUACAAUAUUAGAUGAACACAAAGCUAAAACUGCAUGGAAUUAUUAUCAUAUUAAGUUUUUGAUCGGUAGCAUAUUCCUGCAUAGUGAGAACUUCUCCAUGCCAGGCCAGUAUAUGGUGACCAUCCCUUGUCCACAUAAACCUGUGAAAAGCUCUGUACAGGUGGAGAUGAGAAAUCAACAUGGACAGGUAUUCACAGAUUCCUUUCCAGUAAGUAUGGAAUCAUAUCUCAUCAAUAUCAAAAACAUUGAUUUGAGAACGAGUCUGGCUAAGUUCCGUCUGAGUGACCAUGCCCUCAAGAUUGAGACUGGAAGACACAAUUGUACUCCACUCAGUAACAGGGUUUGUGACAUGUGUAACCAAGAUACCAUUGAAAAUGAAUUUCAUUUUAUGGUGGAGUGUCCCAAAUACAGUAAUAGACGCAGUGUUCUGUUUGAUACAGCGGCUGAUGUGAUUGACUCCUUUCACAACCUGCCUCCUGAAGAACAGUUCACUGCACUGUUAAAUAAUGAUAGUAUUGUCAUCCAG